AUUUGAUUAUCAUAUUAAGACUGCACUUGCCCGGAUCGUAGGUGCUAUGCUAUGUACGUACCUGGAUACGUAGGUACAUGCUUGUCAAACCCCGGACGGCAGUUUCUCUUUCUGGAUUACCCCUGUUUACUACCCUGGACCCUGAUUGGUUAGUUAUCUUUGACGGCGCACGAGGCUCAGGAGCUUGAUCUUGGGCUUCGUUCGCAUCAUAAUUCUUAGCUUUCUUUUAUGAAGAGCAUUACAUUUGAACGUAUUAAUAACGAUCCCGCGUAUGAUUCUACUCGUCUGUGAGCCAAUCAGAUACCGAGAUUAAACCAGCAACCCCCCCAAAUCUUAACAUUGAAACGACGUUUGCGACGUACUUAAGCUCGUCUAAGAAUCGAACGAACAUUUGAACCGCGCGACUCCGAGUUACCCUACCCCUCCGUUUCCUGUAGGCAUGCGGCUGUUCUGCCAUGUCGGUAUAAAGUCGAGGCAGAUGUUAGGAUGAGCCUGGACUCUAUGUUACCCGUCGCCCCGGCAAGGGUGCGGGCAUUAGUCUUGCCCGUCGGCCAGAUCACGCGAGACAGGUUCUCCUCUUUCGUCCAGAGACUGAACGAGGAACAUGUCGUCUACCUUCGCGACAUCACUCCCGAUGGGCGACCUAACCGGAACAUGUUCUCUCCUCUUGCUUUUCCGAACGGUGCUAUGUUCUACGAUCUAAUCACUUAUGUGCCGCCCCCCUCACAUCUCGCUUUAGCCCCCUUCGAGUUGUUCCGCGAACCUCUUGCUCUUAUUGCCAUCGCCGACGGAAAGGAGCUGGAAAAUGUGGCGUUCAGCAAGAGACAGUCGGCCAACGGCUAUGCGCCAACCAUGGCAGAGAGGAACAUAAGGUCCCUAUACCAGGAGCUUGAGAAUCUGCGAGACGCAUAUCCAAAAAUACUCGCUCAUGAGGUGCUAAUUUUCGACUAUGCGCCACAUACCGACAAUACGAUCCCUAUGCCCGAAGGCAUCAAAACGAUACCGUCGGUGGAAAAGUCGAAGAGAACCACGAUUAAAGCAAUAAUGUGUGAUAUAUCAUCCCUGUUGCUAGCAGAGAUGACGACUCUUGCCAAGUCUUAUGAGGGGAAGACAACGAUAGAUUCCCCAGGUCAGACUCCGGCGAGGUCGGGCCUGAAUGGGAACUCUAGCUGGACUUCAGAUGAUGCAAACCCGGCAGCGCGACGCAACUCGCAGCAUUCGAUACCGUCUAUUACAAGGUCGGCAUCUAGUAGUGGCGCCGGGGAUAGGAACCAGGCCCGUAUGUCAAUGCCUGUCCCUUUCAAAUCGCUCCCUUUUGGAUCUAACAGCUCGACCCCCUCGGCGCGACCUACGACCCCCGUACAUCGUAGCGGUCUAUCUAACCCGCCAACUACCUUUGAUGAUAUUGCUAGCGUGAACGGGAGCGUCUCUGACGCGACAAGUCCCGACCCGAAAUCUCGACCAGACUCAGCCGGAGGCAUGAAGCCAACCAAUCAAGACAAGGUCUCGGUACAAGGCUUCGGUCCCGGUGGUUUAAAUGAAAGAUUCAGAAAUAAGGGGCGAGGACGAGCGAUAAUCCUAGUCGGUUCCUUAUACCUUCAAGCUGGUCGAUGGACUGAUGCGCUAAAGGAGCUUGCAGAGGGUGCCACCGUUGCGAAAUCGAUCAACGAUCAUCUGUGGCAUGGUAAAGCGCUUGAGCUAAUCACAAUUUGCCUACUCCUACUUGGCUGGAUUGGCGUUCAGUUUCAGGUUCCUACAAUAUGCCUACCUACAAAUGACAAGGUUAUUAGUAGUAGUACUAAGGGGCCGGAUGCUGAUGAGGGAGACCCUAACCAGCCGAAGCAUCUAUGGAAUCUCCAGACUAUCUUACCGGACCUCCUGGAGAGAAUAGUAGGUCUAUAUUCUAGGAUAUCCGGUGAACAACUUCCCCCACUACCGCUGUCAGAGUCCAUUAUCCGAUUCUGUACUUUGCUCACCGGUAUUCAUCUUUGUGACGGCAAGCUAGAUAAGGAGUUCUUAGACGGGAUUGUCCUCGGCAAAUUGCCUAUGAAAUCCCUUACCACGUCGCCACGCCUAACCAUUACUCCGCCUCGCGCCCAGAUCACGACUCUUUUAUUCAAAGCUUUUCCAUCCUCUGCGCCCGAAUUACUCACGACUGUAGACCGUGCGAUUAUUCUGAGUGGAAUUGCGUCUGUACUUGGCUCACUGGGAUUUCAUAGGAAAAAGGCUAUGGUUGUGCGGGAAUUGGUAUCGGUAUUAAUUGGAGGACUGGUCGAGGCAAGGACACGAGGCGCCGCUGAAGUCGGCAUCCAUCCAGCUGCUGGUCUAGUAGCUCUCAACGCCAUGAACGGUCAUGGUAAUGGAGCAUUGGCGCUUGAGCUUGGUGAAGGGGAUAUAGAGCAUGGAAUCGACGCUUUCCUCGGGUUGCUAUGCAGAACUUACGGAGUGGUUAACUUCGACGAUGCUGUCUGCGGGCCUUCUGACGAGUCGCGUCGGAUAAGCGACACGGAUGAGAAGGUCAUCUCAAGGAUCCAGAAUCAAUCGACGACUCGACAAUUUGGUAUGAGUAAUGUCAAGCUCAAUAUUCUUCGAGCCUGUAUCAACUUUUCCGAGGCAUUACCGGACUUUAAUGGAGUGCUAAAAUUCUCCAGCGAUUUAUUGCGCACUGCUGGAAGCGGAGUUGCGCCAGGGCCACGUCGAGAAGAUGCAGCUCCUACAAUCACGAGAGAGGAGCAGAUCAGGUUAGCGACCAACAUUUCCAAGACAUCCAGCCUUUCUCAAAGGCUAGGCCUGGGACAUUUGUCCGCGGAAUACUGGGACGAAUUCCUUGUCCGAGGCAUUACGAUGGAUCCUUUACCACCUACUAGGACACCCACAUCACAUCCAAAAAAUGUGUUACCGGGUGUAACGACAACACGCACUUCACAGGAUGUAAACCCUUUCAUCUAUAACCCAUUCAUACGAGCACCCGAUAAAGUGGCAGUAGAGAGGACACUUGUUGCGGGAGAGACAGCAACUUUCAGAAUCACACUCCAAAACCCUUAUGAAAUCGAUGUAGAUAUCGAAAGCAUUAAAUUAGAUGCGGGAGGAGCCGAUUUUGAAUCCUCGGUAACGAGCACAAUAAUAGGGCCAUAUCGUACACAGAUCCUAAAGCUCACCGGCACACCUACAGCCGCAGGCCACUUGAAAAUUACCGGAGCCAUAGUGAAGGUGCGUGGAUGUCGUGAAAGGAGGUUCCCUAUCUUCCCCCAAGCAUGGGCUCCGGAUACGGAAACUAAAAUUAAAGGGAUUGGACUGGUGGCACUGGAGCAAAAUAAGAAACUACCUUUCCCCGGACCUCCAUUAAAGCCAGAUAGCAUUGGAUUGAGCGUUAUUUCCGCCCAGCCUGUUGUCGUCAUCAAGUCUACGACCCUCUUCGAAUCCUCGGUAAUGAUCCUAGAAGGAGAACGGCAGGUCUUCUCCGUGACGCUUCAAAACCUUUCAUCAACUACGCCAGCGGAUUUGCUGCUAUUCUCAUUUCAGGACUCAACACAAGGUCCUCUACAAACGGCCUUAACAAGCAGAGACGCAACGCCUGCAGAGCUGUAUGAGUACGAACUCAUUUUGGCAAGGAAACAAGCCUUGCGAUUGCGCAAGAUUGAUGAUUCGAAGAGAUAUAUAGCUCCAGGAGGCACAGCUACUUUCGAUUUUGAAAUUCUCGGGAAACCCGGUCUUACUGAUGCGACAAUCCAAGUCGACUACGCACAUUUGGGUGUACCCCAAUCCGAGAUCACUGACGAAUUCCAUACUCGGCAAGUCUGCCUUGACCUGACCAUAACAGUCAACGCUAGUGUAGAACUUGCGAGAAUGGAUGUUCUGCCUAUCAAAGGGGAGGUGCCUAAACCCAUCUGGUCUCGCCUGGGCGCGGAGGGGCCGGAAACAGGAUCUACAUUAUCUGAUGACCACUGUUUGCUAUUGUUGGAUCUCCGAAACGCAUGGCCAAGCGAUAUGCAAGUCUGCCUCAAAGCGGACGGUGACAUCGUGAUCCAGGAACACAUCCUACCAGGAAAUACAAAUCGCAUCGUCGUCCCGGUUCCGAGAGUGUACAUAGACGACCCACACGCGUCAAUACCAGCGCUCAACCCCUCCCGACAGCGCCAAUUCGUCGUCAGCAGCAGCAAGAUCACGCCCGACAUCGAGCGCGGCAACCGCGAAGCGUUCUGGUACCGAGAGAAGAUCCUGGAAAAGCUCUCGGGCACGUGGAAGACGCUGUCCGGGCCAGCCAGGCAGGGCACGAUCGAGCUGCGCGGCCUGCGCCUCGCGCCCCGCAUGAUCGAGGCCAUCAAGAUCGACGAGGUCGGCAUCGACAUCUCCCUCGUCGGGGACGCCGAGGAGGAGCGGGAAGGCGAGGGCGAGGGCGGCGCCGCGCUUUACACGGACGAGUUCGCGCAGAUCCGGGUCGUGGUGACGAACCGCACGGACGAGCCCAUCUACCCGACGCUCCGGCUCACGCCGGCGCUGCGGCACCGGCCGCCGAACGUGGCGCUCGACUUUACUCGCAAGUUCGCGUGGAUCGGCACGCUGCAGCAGAGCCUGCCGGCGAUCGAGCCCAAGGGAGUGGCGCGCGUCGCGGUCGGCGCGAUGCCGCUCUGCCGCGGCGAGUUCGAGAUCUCGGCGUCGGUCGAGGAGACUAGGCUCUGGAAGGCGCCGCCGCCGGAUAAGGGCGGCGAUCAAGGUAAGGGUAAGGGUAAGGGUAUAGGUGGGGAUGGUAAGAAGAUCGGCAGGGAGAGGAGCGAGACGGAGAUCAUGAUGGAUGCGGUGCUCGGCGCGAAGGAGAGGCGCAUUUGGCAUUCGAGACGCCCGUGUAGGGUUUUUGUGCGCGAUAGAUAGGUAGAUCGGGUGGAGGGAGGGUGAGUGAAGAAAGAUGCAUGUGAGGGGUGAAGUUGCGUGGACAUUGCGAAGUGAGGCAUAGCGAAGUGUAGGGGCGGAAGGAAGGUGGAAAAUGGGUAGAGCGAGGAAACACAAAAUACGUCAAUGUACAAAAGAUUUAGAAACAGUAACUGAUCAUGAGAUCUUUGAAA